AUGGAAUUCCUCAAAGGCAAAGUCAGUCUAUAUAAAGCUUUGUGGCUCAAAUGGAGAUCACUUAAGAGCAUCCCAUUCCGCAAAAAGUUUUUCAUCGGGUAUGAUCUCAAAGGCAACACAUACUGGGAAUUCUAUCUUGAAUCAUCCCAGGAAAGAAUGAGACGUAUAGUUGAAUAUCGUAACCCUGCACCACAUUAUGAACAAUCAGCAACCUCACAGGACCUUCCACCACAGUGUAUGAUGUGGUUACGCCGAACCAGACCUGAUUUCCCAACAUUAGAAGAGUUGCAAGGAGAUCUAAUCAGGCAGCAGAGGAUGAAAAUAUUGGCAGCACAGGCAGAUGAACGCUGGAGACAAGGUUCGUUGUUGCAGAAUCCUGGUUUGACAAAGGAGCAACAGGAGAGAUUAAAUAUUAUCACCGGAGGCUUGCACAACAAUAAUAGUACGAAACCAGAACAGGAACAAGCCACCAAAGAACCAAAUCAAGUGAAAGAAGAAAAAUCAGAAUCUCCAUUUUCUACCGGACAAGCGAAUGAUCCUAUCGAGGAGGCCGUGAUGAAACCCCAUAGGAGGUGA